CUUUCUUUAAUCCCUAAGACCAACCUCCCCUUCACCGCUCUCCUAGGACAUCUACGACCUAUAUUCACAAGCUCUAAUUAUCCUCAUCUUUGCGCAUGUCUCCUUCGUCGUUCUUUAAUCUCCGCUUCUUGUAGCGUGGGCGCCACGGUUUCUCGGUCUUAGUCCCGUAUCCUUCGCGGCGUUUCCUUCAGACUCCAGGCGGUCCCCCAACAACCAUCCAACUACGACACAGUUGAGAACAUGACGACGCUGUACGAUGUGGGGACGAAGGCAUGGCAGCCAGAUGCUACGGAAGGAUGGGUGGCAUCCGAAGUGGAAUCGAGACAAGUGGACGGUGAUAAAGUGAAGCUUGUCUUCAAGUUAGAGAACGGGGAGACAAAGUCAGUCGAGACUACCCUGGAGGCUCUUCAGGAUGGCAACAACUCCACGCUACCUCCCCUCAUGAAUCCAUCUAUGUUGGAGGCCAGCGACGACCUCACGAACCUGUCACAUCUUAACGAGCCAGCUGUAUUACAGGCCAUCAAGCUUCGCUAUGCACAAAAAGAGAUCUACACAUACUCUGGUAUUGUCCUUAUUGCAACGAAUCCGUUCGCAAGAGUCGACUCGUUAUACGUGCCUGGCAUGGUGCAAGUCUAUGCAGGAAAGAAUAGAUCAUCACAAGCACCGCACUUAUUCGCCAUCGCGGAAGAAGCUUUCGCCGACAUGCUUCGGGACAACAAGAAUCAAACGAUUGUGGUAUCGGGUGAGUCUGGAGCAGGUAAAACGGUCAGCGCCAAGUACAUCAUGAGAUAUUUCGCAACCCGUGAAUCACCAGACCAGCCCGGUUCGAGGUCCAAGGGACGGAUGGACACAAUGAGUGAGACAGAAGAGGCUAUCCUUGCAACGAAUCCUAUCAUGGAAGCUUUCGGAAACGCCAAGACCACCAGAAAUGACAACUCUUCUCGUUUCGGCAAAUAUAUCGAGAUUCUGUUCGACAAAAAGACAGAUAUCAUAGGCGCAAAGAUUCGGGUAUACCUUCUUGAACGUUCGAGGUUGGUAUUUCAGCCACUGAAAGAGCGCAAUUACCACAUCUUCUACCAGUUGAUUGCUGGUGCGACUGAUGCGGAGCGUGAACAAUUCGGACUGCUGCCUGUGGAGCAGUUCGAGUACAUGAAUCAAGGCAGCGCACCGGUCAUUGACGGUGUGGAUGACAAGGCCGAAUUCGACGCCACGAGAAAGUCGCUGGCCACCAUUGGAGUUCCCGAAGACCAACAAGCCCAGAUAUUCCGGUUGCUGGCUGCCCUGUUACAUAUCGGAAACGUUCAGAUCAAGGCUACACGUACAGACUCUUCUCUGGCUGCAGAUGAGCCGUCUCUGAUCAAAGCCUGCGCUCUACUUGGGAUAGACCCGGCCAAUUUCGCGAAAUGGACGGUCAAGAAACAGUUGAUUACCCGUGGAGAGAAGAUUAUGUCGAACUUGACCCAGCAGCAAGCUGUGGUCGUUCGAGACUCCGUGGCAAAGUUCAUCUACUCCAGUCUAUUCGAUUGGCUUGUAGAGACUAUAAACGCUAGCCUGGCUACGGAAGAGGUAUUAGCCCGGGCGAAGACAUUUAUCGGGGUUCUUGAUAUAUACGGGUUUGAGCAUUUCGCAAAGAAUUCCUUCGAGCAAUUCUGCAUCAACUACGCGAACGAGAAACUGCAACAAGAAUUUAACCAGCAUGUAUUCAAACUUGAGCAGGAGGAAUACGUCCGUGAACAGAUCGACUGGAAAUUUAUCGACUUCUCAGAUAAUCAGCCAUGUAUCGACUUGAUCGAAGGAAAGCUUGGAGUCUUGUCCCUGCUCGAUGAAGAAUCGAGACUUCCGAUGGGCUCAGACGAGCAAUUUGUCACGAAACUACAUCACAAUUUCUCUGGAGACAAGCACAAUUUCUACAAGAAACCCAGGUUCGGCAAAUCCGCCUUUACAGUCUGCCAUUAUGCCAUCGAUGUUACCUAUGAAUCAGAUGGAUUCAUCGAAAAGAAUAGGGACACAGUUCCUGAUGAGCAGAUGGAAGUACUGAAGAGCUCUUCGAACGAAUUCUUAGGCAAUGUUCUCGAUGUAGCCGCGACCAUUCGCGAUCGGGAAUCCGCUUCGACCACCACGAAACCGGGUGCAGCUGUCUCAGCUGGUAGGAGGAUCGCUGUUAACAGGAAGCCGACUCUAGGAGGCAUCUUCAAAUCUUCGCUGAUUGAGCUGAUGCAAACAAUCAACGGAACAGAUGUGCACUAUAUUCGUUGUAUCAAGCCCAACGAAUCGAAAGAGGCGUGGAAGUUUGAGGGUCCGAUGGUCUUGAGCCAGUUGCGUGCCUGUGGUGUCCUGGAAACCGUCAGAAUAAGCUGUGCUGGAUAUCCGACCAGAUGGACGUAUGAAGAGUUUGCCUACCGGUACUACAUGCUCGUACCAUCGAUUUCGUGGACCAACGAUAUACGAGAAAUGGGAAACAACAUCCUCCGGAAAGCUCUUGGAGCAGGAAAAAACGACGGUCGCGACAAGUAUCAGAUGGGAAACACCAAGAUCUUUUUCCGUGCCGGUAUGCUGGCCUUCCUGGAGGGUUUGCGCACCGCCAGGCUGAACGAAGCGGCAAUUAUGAUCCAGAAGAACCUCAGAGCCAAAUAUUACCGACGCCGGUAUCUGGAGGCUCGGGAGGCCAUCGUUGCCUUUCAAGCUUUCACUCGCGGCUUUUUGGCGAGGGAGCGAACUGAGGAGGAACGACGCACCAAGGCCGCCACGACCAUUCAAAGGGUCUGGAAAGGUUCCAAUGCCCGCGAGGAAUUUCACCGUGUACGCAAUCAGAUUAUUAUGUUCGAGUCGAUCGCCAAAGGCUUCUUAUGCAGAAAACACCUUCUUGACAAGAGGCUGGGCGAUGCUGCUCGUGUGAUUCAGCGCAACUGGCGCUCGGCAUCACAGCUCAGAGCUUGGAGACAAUACAGGAAAAAGAUUGUGUUUAUUCAAAGUUUAUGGAGAGGACGGGAAGCCCGCAAGGCCUACAAGGGCCUGCGCGAGGAGGCACGAGAUCUCAAGCAGAUAUCCUACAAGCUGGAGAACAAGGUUGUAGAGCUUACGCAGUCCCUGGGCACUAUGAAGCGUGAGAACAAGGACCUGCAAAGCCAGAUUCGCAACUACGAAGGACAGCUUACUUCAUGGAAAACGCGUGGGAAUACCCUGGAGGCGCGAGCGAAAGAGCUUCAGGCCGAGGCCAAUCAGGCUGGCAUUGUUACGGCCCGCUUGAGUGCCUUGGAGGCGGACUUUGCCAAACUCAAGCAAGAUUAUAACGAAAGCACAGCGAACCUUCGACGACUCCAGGAAGAAGAGAAGCAACUCCGAUCGUCUCUCGAGGCCACCACGAGUGAGCUCGACCAAGCGAAACGCCGUGGUAGUCAUGUUGAAGGGGAGAAGUCUUCGCUGAGGCAACAGUUGGCAGAACUACAAGAUCAACUAGAGAUUGCGAAGCGCUCAGUGCCUCUCAACGGCGAGAUCACCAAUGGCGUCAGCCAUACUCCUGCCUCAGGCCUGAUCAAUCUGGUUUCAUCCAAAAAGCCAAAGCGGAGAAGCGCAGGUGCGGAGCGUCUAGAGAUAGACCGCUUCAGUGCUGCGUUCAAUCCAAGGCCAGUAUCUAUGGCCGUGGGUGCUACUGUUCAUCGCCAGCAACUGUCUGGCUCGACGUUCAACCAGUUUGACAAUGUCGAGCUUGAGCUUGAGAAUUUGCUGUCGGAUGAAGAUGGGCUCAACGACGAAGUUACUCUCGGCUUGAUCAGGAACCUGAAGAUCCCCGCUCCUACCACAACUCCGGCUCCUACAGACAAAGAAGUUCUGUUCCCUGCCUACCUCAUCAACCUCGUCACAUCCGAGAUGUGGAACAAUGGUUUUGUCAAGGAGUCUGAAAGAUUCUUGGCCAACGUCAUGCAAUCUGUGCAGCAAGAAGUAAUGCAGCAUGAUGGCGAGGAAGCCGUCAACCCCGGAGCUUUCUGGCUGUCAAACGUCCAUGAGAUGCUGUCUUUUGUUUUCCUUGCAGAGGAUUGGUAUGAGCAGCAGAAGACUGACAAUUACGAAUACGAUCGCCUUUUGGAGAUUGUCAAGCAUGAUCUUGAGAGUCUUGAAUUCAACAUCUACCAUACUUGGAUGAAGGUCCUGAAGAAGAAAUUGCAGAAGAUGAUCGUACCUGCCAUCAUUGAAUCUCAGUCAUUACCCGGAUUCGUCACGAAUGAGGGCAACAGGUUCCUUGGAAAGCUUUUGCAGUCCAAUAAUGCUCCAGCGUACAGUAUGGACAACCUUCUGAGUCUGCUGAAUGGCGUCUACAAGGCUAUGAAGGCCUACUACCUCGAAAACACAAUCAUCGUCCAGGCGGUGACGGAGCUUCUGCGAUUGGUAGGAGUAACAGCAUUCAAUGACCUCCUCAUGCGCCGAAAUUUCCUGUCGUGGAAACGAGGUCUACAGAUUAAUUAUAAUAUCACCAGGAUAGAAGAGUGGUGCAAGAGUCACGACAUGCCUGAAGGCACACUCCAAUUAGAGCAUUUGAUGCAGGCGACGAAGCUUCUGCAGUUGAAGAAGGCGACCCUCAAUGACAUUGAGAUCAUUCAGGACAUCUGCUGGAUGUUGUCGCCUAACCAGAUACAAAAACUUCUCAAUCAAUACCUCGUUGCCGAUUACGAGCAGCCAAUCAAUGGCGAAAUCAUGAAGGCAGUCGCGUCACGCGUCACAGAAAAGAGCGAUGUCUUACUACUCACUGCCGUUGACAUGGAUGACAGCGGUCCUUAUGAGAUUGCCGAGCCUCGAGUGAUAUCUGCACUCGAGACUUAUACGCCGUCGUGGCUUCAAACUCCACGCUUAAAGCGACUGGCAGAGAUUGUCUCUACCCAAGCCAUCGCUCAACAAGAACGACUCGAGUUCGAGCAGAACAAUGUCAAUGGUCAUGAUGUUCACGAAAUGAUUGACGAAGAGGGACCUGAGAUCGAAGUGGACCGCGUUAGUGUGUAAGCAAAGGCAAUAUAUUUAAAAAAGAAAACACGCUUUUGUGACUUCCAUUCUACUGUAAUAGCAAAGAAAUCUCGGGGGAAAGGAGGGAGGGGGUUUGGGUAGUAACAUUAUUAGCUUGGUCGUCGACCACACUGUGUGUGUGUAUAGGAAGGAACUCAUUCAGUGGCGCCCCAUACCGUUCUAUGGCUUGCGAUA